ACAGGGCAGCGUUCUCUUGUGACCUGCGGGCUCCUGCGAAGGUCCGUCGUGCACAGGGAGAACGGGAGGGCCUUCGGUCCGGAAACACCCGGAAACACCCGGUCCACGAGAGCUGACCGCGAUCGGCAGCGCUCGGAACGGCCGUAAUGGUUGAGCUGAGCGUCCCGGAAAUACUCAGAGCUUGCGAUGGAAUUCAGGGAAGGGGGUGGCGGUGGUGCGGGGGUGACAUCUCUGGGGUGGAGCUGGGAUUCCGAGGUUUUGGCUCUGCGUGCGAACGAAGCUGCGGGACUCGACGCUGGAGGAAGGACGACGCCGAGAAGGGAUGGGGCCUGAGGCCGGCGGUGAAGGGGAGGAGCGAGGAUGAGCCGUGCCUCCUGCCCGAUGGCUCUGCACCUGCCGCGAGGGCCGCGGCGGAUCAGCAGGAACUUCGGCCCCAGUGACGCUACCUGGCUGAUGCAGUAAAACAGGGUACGGUGUACAGCACCUCUGCGGGCAAAGGGGAGGCUCCGGGGCGCUCGUGUGGCUCCUCCCCUUUUCAGCGGAUCCCGCCCCCAUCCACUCCCUCUUGGUCGCGCCCCGCCCAUAAGCCCCGCCCCCCGGCGCAGGUGCACGCGCGCGCGCUCCCUCUAAUUGAUGCGGCUCGUUAGUUGUCCGUCGUUUGAUGGCCGUUUGUCGGUAAUUCUCUCCAUGGAGGCGCGGGACGAAUCAGCGCGAGCUUUCGGUAAACACGACAGCCCCAGCCUGCUGUGCAAGGAGCAGGUGAGCGACUCGGAGGACCAGUGUCCCGGAGAUGCCGAGGAGCAGGGAAACGUCCAGAGGAAGAAGGAGCUGGACGAGGGCGGUGGGCGGAGCAACGAAGAGGGCGGAGCUGACGAGAAGGAAGGGGGGGCAGAGGCUCUGCCGGAUGCGGAGGACGGAGGGGAGACGCCGCAGGGUCCGAAGGAGGACGAGGCCGAGGGAGGUGACGGGGAGGGGCGCGAGAGGGCGGGGACUCCGUGCUUCGUGUCCCUCGAGGAGGACGGGCCGCAGUCCCCUGUGAGCGCGGCGCACUUCUUGCCCUCGGGGCCUGCGGGGGAGUCCUUCUGCCCCGGCGCCCUGCCCUUUUGCCCGCAGCAGACGCAGCCGCCGUACCCGCUGAAGACGCCGUACGGCGAGAGCGCCGCCCCCGAGGCUCCGCCCCCGCUGCCCCUCCCGCCCUCUGAGCUCGGCCCCCGGCCCCUGAAGGUCGCGCAGAAGGUGGUGAACGUGGGCGAGCUGCAGCCCCUGCAGGUGAAGUUCCCGCAGGUGUACACGACACGCAGGUACACGCGCUGCUCCGCUCGCACCCGUAGCGGCUACCUGCCGUACCCCAGCCUGCCCGCGGGGCAGGGGGGUGCGGCCCUGAGACUGGAGGGGUCCUCGGACCCCAGCCUGCUGCCCGCUCUGCCCAAGAAGAAGACUCGCACCCUGUACACGACAGACCAGCUGGAGGAGCUGGAGCGCCUCUUCCGCGAGGACCACUAUCCCGACAGCGACAAGCGCAAAGAGAUCGCCGCCACCAUCGGCGUCACGCCCCAGAGGAUCAUGGUGUGGUUCCAGAACCGGAGAGCAAAGUGGCGCAAAGCGGAGAAGACGGGCGCCAAACAGCAGGAGCGGCGCCAGAGCGUGGGGAGCCGGGGGUGCAACGCCCCCGCCCAGCUCAACGUCCCCGCCCCUCCCGACAGGCACACGGUUCACCCGGGACACGGCCCCCGUCUCGCCCCGCAGCCCAGCCAGCCCCUCCCCCACUAUAACCCCAUCCUGCCCAGCUGCCCCAGCCCUCCCGGUAAGUGCCCUGCCAGUAGGGGGCGCCAACAUCUCGUGCGCAGCCCUGUUGGGUUCCGGGGCUCCCCCGCGUCACUGAGCGCACGCUGAGGGGUGGACGGUGCGGUCAGCGGAGCGGUCAGUGCCGCAGCUCUGUGUGUGUGUGUGUGUGUGUGUGUGUGUGUGUGUGAGAGAGAGAGACGCUUGAGCGAGGUUCUUUCUGUUUCUAACCGGCACUAAGCACAGCACAUGCGACCCCCCCGGAGACGCACUAAUGCACACAGACAGU